AUGGCUUCCAAAUCAGAGCAAAAUCUCUCCUGUCCUGUCUGUCAUGAAAUCUUCAAAGAUCCUGUCCUCCUGUCAUGCAGCCACAGCUUCUGUAGAGCCUGUCUGCAGAGCUGGUGGACAGAGAAAGCAAUAAAAGACUGUCCAUUUUGUAAGAGAAUAUCUUCAAAGGGUGAUCCACCUUCUAACUUGGCACUGAAGAACCUGUGUGAGGCCUUCUUACUGCGGAGAAACAAGAGAGCUUCAGCAGGGUCAGAGCUCCUCUGCAGUCUGCACUCUGAGAAACUUAAGCUCUUCUGUCUGGACCAUCAGCAGCCAGUGUGUCUCGUCUGUCGAGAUUCAGAAACUCACACCGACCACAGAUUCAGACCUGUCAACGAAGCUGCACGAAACCACAAGAAGGAACUUGAGGAAUCACUGAAGCCCCUCCAGGAGAAACUGGAGCUCUUUAAUGAAGUUAAAGCAAACUGUGAUGAAACAGCAGAGCACAUUAAGGUCCAGGCCCGACGCACAGAGAGGCAGAUUAAGGAGGAGUUUAAGAAGCUUCACCAGUUUCUCCAAGAGGAAGAGGAGGCCAGGAUCGGCGCUCUGAGGGAGGAAGAGGAGCAGAAGAGUCGGACGAUGAAGGAGAAGACGGAGGCUCUGAGCAGAGAGAUAGCAGCCCUUUCAGACACAAUCAGAGCCAUAGAGAAGGAGCUGAAAGCUGAAGACGUCUCAUUCCUGCUCAGCUACAAGGCUACAGUGGAGAGAGUCCAGCGCCCCCUGCUGGAGGAUCCACAGCUGCUCUCAGGAGCUCUGAUAGACGAGGCCAAACACCUGGGCAACCUGAGCUUCACCGUCUGGGACAAGAUGAAGGAGGUGGUCUCCUACACUCCUGUGGUUCUGGACCCCAACACUGCCCAUCCAGUCCUCAUCCUGUCUAAAGAUCUGACCCGUGUGAGACAAGGACACAAACAAAUACUUCCUGAAAACCCAGAGAGGAUCGACUCCUAUCCCUCUGUCCUGGGAUCUGAGGGCUUCGACUCAGGGAUUCACAGCUGGGAUGUUGAGGUUGGAGAAAACACAGACUGGUUCUUGGGUGUAGCAGCAGAAUCUGACCAAAGGAAGGGAGACAUACGGACUGGAUCGUGGAUAAUAGGCUUCUGUCACGGUGAAUAUGGAGCAGUCUCCCCAUUAGAUCCAGACACUGUUCUCCCACUUCAGAAGAAGCUCCAGAGGAUCAGAGUUCAUCUGGACUGGAACAGAGGACAGCUGACCUUCUCUGAUCCUCAUACUAACACAAACAUACACACCUUCACACACACUUUCACUGAGAGGCUGUUUCCUUACUUUAGCACUGACAAUACAGUGAAGAUUUCACCAAUGAAGGUCUCUUUGACAGUGGAGCAGCACAGUUAGA